AGGAGUGGUGUUCUAAUCAGGUGAGCAAGAACACCUGCAGCUCAGCUCUUCCUGCCAUUUAAGAGCCACAUGGGGGACUGGGGGGGGACCCCGUGUUUCUGCCGUUAAGAAGCGCAUCUGGUGGGCUACUGAGUCCUGUCCCACACUGACGCUUCUGCACCAGCUCGACUCGGCUCUUCGAGUUUAGGCCCCUCGCUGUGUUUGUUUCGCCGAUGUUAGCUAUGUAUAGUAUGCCGGCUACCAACGUCGCCCAUGAGCGGAUGACCAAGUUCAAGAACAAGGGCCGCGACCCUUCGAAGCUGCGCGAACGCCGGGCGGCCGUGUGCGUGGAGCUCCGCAAGGCGCAUCGCGACGAGAGCAUCCUGAAGAAGCGCAACAUCUCGGCGCUUCCCGAGGACCAGGAGCUCGCGCUCGACAGCCAGCAGGUGACGGCGGCCGCCAUCCAGGACAUCGUGAGCGACGUGAACAGCGAUUGUAAAGAGCGCCAGUGUCGCGGCUGUCAGGCGGCCAGGAAGCUGCUGUCCCGUGAGCGUAACCCUCCUCUGAAAGAGAUCAUCAAUGCAGGGCUUCUGUCUCGCUUUGUCGAGUUCCUGGGGCGAGACGAUGAGCCCAGCCUGCAGUUCGAGGCGGCGUGGGCCCUGACCAACAUCGCCUCGGGCAACUCGUGGCACACACAGCAGGUGGUGGAGCAUGGGGCUGUGCCAGCAUUCAUCUUGCUGCUUGCUUCACCCAUGCUGCACAUCAGUGAGCAGGCAGUCUGGGCAUUGGGCAACAUUGCUGGUGAUGGGCCAACCUAUCGGGACACCUUGAUUGAAUGCAAUGUUAUCCCUGCAUUACUGGCACGGCUGACCCCAGACACACCUGUGGGAUACCUGCGCAACCUGACGUGGACACUGUCAAACCUGUGCCGUAACAAGAACCCUUUCCCUCCGGUGUCAGCCGUCCAACAGCUCCUUCCAUCCCUCAUCCAACUUCUUCACCACGGCGAUAAAGACAUCCUGUCAGAUGCCUGCUGGGCUAUCUCGUACCUCACAGAUGGUUCCAACGACCGCAUUGACAUCGUGGUUAAAACUGGCGUUGUUUCACGCAUAGUGUCCUUGCUGGAGUCUGAAGAGCUGACGGUGGUGAUCCCAGCACUGCGCACUGUCGGCAACAUCGUUAGCGGCUCAGACCAGCAGACGCAGGUAGCGAUUGAUGCAGGCCUGCUGGGAGUGCUGCCGUGCUUGCUGCGGCACCACAAACCCAGUGUACAGAAGGAGGCAGCUUGGGCUGUGUCCAACAUCGCUGCAGGGCCCUCCUCGCAGAUCCAGCAGCUCAUCACAUGUGGUGUGCUUCCACCGCUUAUCCACCUGCUAAAAAAUGGAGACUUCAAAACCCAACGGGAGGCAGUCUGGGCUAUUACAAACUAUACCAGUGGGGGCACUAUAGAGCAGGUGGUCACUCUGGUCCAGAGUGGUGGCCUGAAAGCCAUUCUUAACUUGCUGCACAUCAAGGAUAGCAAGACCAUCCUGGUCAUCCUGGAUGCCAUCAACAACAUCUUUCUGGCAGCAGCCAAGCUGGGGGAGACGGACAGACUGUGCCUCUUGAUAGAGGAGGUGGGGGGCCUGGAUCGCAUUGAGCUGUUGCAGAAUCAUGAGAAUGAUGCAGUGUACCAUGCUGCGCAAGCUCUCAUCGAGAAGUACUUCAAUGAAGAUGCAGAGGAUGAAUGUCCCUCAACUGAGGCCACUGAGAGAGACUUCAUCUUCCAGCCUCCAGAAGUCCAGAAACAAUUUGACCUGUGAGCCCCUUUGUAUUUGACUUUUUACAUCUCUAAAAUAAAAAUUUGCAUUU